AUGCCUACAGUAAUUUCAGCUGUUUUGUGGGGUGCUAAUUGGUCUCGUCGUCGUACUAUAUUUCAUUGUGAUAACGAAGCUCUAGUUUAUAUAUUGAAUAAACGAAGGUCUGCUGAUUCUAUUAUCAUGAUGUUUAUUAGAAGGCUUACUCUACGUCCACUUAAAUACAAUUUUCAUUUAAUGGCAUUACACAUUGCCGGUGCAACAAAUGACAUUGCAGAUGCGAUUUCUCGUCAACAAUGGGCUCGCGUUCAUCAUCUCGCUCCUUGGGCAGAUACAUUUCCAUGUCAGAUUCCGAACCUAGUAGAACUUAUUUAUCCUAAUUUUUUCUGA